AUGGCGGGCGGGCGGCGGGCGGUGAUGGCAGCCGGGCUGGCGCUGGGCGCGGCGGUGCUGGCGGUGGCCGCGGCCGUUCUGCUCCGCGCCUUCGUCCUGCGGCCCCCGGCCGGGCUCCCGCGGCUGUGGGCGCGGAGCGCCGGCACCGCCGCCCUCAGCGCCGACGAGCGGCGGGAGCUGAAGGAGGCGCUGCGAGGUGCCAUUAAAAUCCCAACUGUGUCCACGUCUCCAGAUGACUUGAAUACAACAGCCAUGGCAGAAUUUGGGAGUUACAUUCAGAAAGUCUUCCCGGCUGUAUUCUCUUCAAAGUUCAUCCAGCAUGAAAUUGUAGGGAAAUACAGCCACCUCUUUACUGUUCAGGGCUCUGCCCCUGACCUGCUGCCCUAUAUGCUGCUGGCACACAUGGAUGUUGUGCCUGCUCCCCCCGAGGGCUGGGAUUUCCCUCCCUUCUCAGCUGCAGAGCACGAAGGUUUCAUCUACGGACGAGGAACGCUGGAUAACAAAAACUCUGCCAUAGGAAUUCUGCAAGCUCUGGAAUUUCUGCUGAGGAGGAAUUACAGACCCCGCCGAUCUUUCUAUGUUGGCAUUGGACACGACGAAGAGGUGUCUGGUAGGAAGGGAGCAAUGAAAAUGGCAGCUCUGCUGGAAUCCAGAGGAGUGAAACUCUCCUUCUUGCUGGACGAGGGAAGCGCGGUACUGGACGGGAUCGUUGCCGGAGUGAAGAAGCCAGUGGCUCUAAUUGCUGUCACAGAAAAGGGUUCAAUGACACUGAACUUCACUGUGGAAAAAACACCAGGACAUUCAUCCUUUCCUCCUAAGGAGACAAGUAUUGGCAUUCUUGCAGCAGCCAUGUCCAGACUGGAGCAGAAUCCCUUGCGCAACCUCUUUGGCCACGGGCCAGAGCUCAUGACUAUGGAGCACCUUGCAGCAGAGUUCAGGUUUCCUCUCAAUCUCAUCAUGAGCAAUCUGUGGCUGUUUUCACCUAUUGUCAGCAGAGUUCUCGCCUCGAAACCUUCCACCAACGCCUUGAUUCGAACGACGACUGCAGUCACCAUGUUUAAUGCAGGAAUCAAGGUGAAUGUCAUCCCUUCUUCUGCAAAAGCCACCGUGAACUUCCGGAUCCACUCGGCCGAGACGGCUGCUGAGGUGCUGGAGGCAGUUAGAAAAACCAUUGCUGAUGACAGAGUGAAGAUUGAUGUAGUAGAGGCCUUUGAUCCACUCCCCAUCAGUCCUUGGGAUGAGCAGACAUUUGCAGUCCAUAUUUUUCAAAAAACCAUUCUGGACACUUUCCCAGAUGUUGACAGUGUAGUCCCAGGCACGUGCAUUGGAAACACGGACAGCAGGCACUUCACCAACGUCACCAGCGCCAUUUACCGCUUCAACCCGCUGCUCCUGACUGCAGAUGAUCUCCCCAGGAUCCAUGGGUUGAAUGAGAGAAUCUCCAUUGAGAAUUAUGAGAAACAGGUCGAGUUCCUCUUUCAGCUGAUCAAGAACUGUGACAUUGACACUCUUCCAGAGCCCCACUCCAGCUCCCACGAGCUGUGAGAGACACCCUGAGAGGAGCAGCUGCUGAGGUGGCCUGUGGGACACGGGGGGCUGGGCUGAAGGUGCAGUUCUGUGCUGGCCAUUGAGCUCCAUCUGGAAUUUGGGGGCUUGUAUAUGGUGGUUUACAUACAGAUGGGAAAACUGCUGGUUGCUGCUUUGGGAAAAUGUGUGGUUUGCCACAGAACCUGCAUGAAACACAACAAAUAACCCUGAUUUCUGCUCCUCCCUGGUCUGACGUGCAGCCAUUAAUCUGACAUUAAUUUUUUCUUUAAGCCUCUGAAAUUGGCAGUCACUUAAAAAUCUAAGCUGUAAUCAGCAGUCACUCGCCAGUGAGAGGUGAAUCAUCCUCUGGGCUUUUGGCAAACUCAUUUUAUACAGUUAAUUUGACUUUUCAUUCCUCUGAAUGAGGUGUCUGUCAGCAGCUCACGUGGAAGGUUUGUGACGUGCUGAAAGGUUUCAUGUAGAGUCACACUAAGAGUUCAAAAUUGCACUGCUGGGUUUGGGCUGCUUUCCCAAGGGGAUUCUCCCAGGCUGCUUCCCCAGGGGAUGCUCUCAGCCAGCAUCCAAGGUGCUCUCAGCCAGUGUCAGUGUUACCUCCCAACUGCCAAGCUCUUCCAUUCAUGCACUGAUUUCUGACUCUGUUUUAAAAUACUGAGCUCCAGAAGUUGCUGUAACUGAUGAGGUGCUGAAAACUUUUCUUCCUGUCUUCUUAGUGAUUUUUUUUUUCUGUUUUCCUCCCUGACUCUUUGGUGUGGCUCAGGGUAUGUUGUGCAGCUGGGUGUCAGAGUAAAGGGAUUGCAGCUCGAAAUAAGAAACUAACCCAGUGCUGUCAGCUCAUCUAUUUUCUCUUUUCACUGACUCAGUUCCUGUACUGUAUGUUUCUCAUUUGCUCCUCUGAGAACUUGAUUGUGAAAGAUGUGAAGCCCUUCAGCUCCUUCCAGUUCAGUGGAACCAGAGGUUUGUUCCUCCACUGCCUGUGCAGUUUUCACUUUGCUGCAGCACUUCCACUGCCUCAGUUCUUUGGGAAUCCUGGGGUAGACAGGCCAUUGAUGUUGACUCUGUUUCAUCUUGCACUUCCUGCCUGUCCUUGAUAGCACUUUUGGCCUUGUUGGUCUCUUUAGCUGGGGUUAACCAGUAUUAAUUAAGCAAAUAAAUAAUUAGCACCUCGGUAUUAGCCAAAGAGAAGCCUGGGUGAAAGCUGCCUUGUAGCACUGACACACAGUCACAUAUCUCCUCCUGCUGCAGAGAUGUGUCUCUUUUUCACAACCUGAGUUACACACUGGAGUGGGUGGUUGUUCUGCUCUGAAUUCAUGCUGUAAAAUGUAUUGGAAUGUACAGGAAAUACCAUGAAAUGUAUCCUGAAAAACACUGAUGGAACUGUGAUUCCUCUUCUCUCUGUUCACCAUUCUCUUAUUUAUUUGCAAUGUGAUCUUAUCAUUGUGGCCAGAGGGCUACAACUCUACCACCUACUAAAUAAUUGAAACAAGAUUGAUGUUUUCAUCUAAUAAAACAAGGAAUUUGGAUUCUUUUC